GACAUUUUUAGCAUCGGUUGUAAUGAAAUGUGAUAGUUUUAAAUUCGUUGUAAACAGCAGUGCGUAAUAUAAGUACAUUAUACGACUUAUGUGUUAUUGACCUACAAUUAAGUAAAAAUGCCCUUGCUAAAUCGUCACAUAAGAAGCACAGUGUUUAAUUUCAAUAGAAAAUACCAACAAACUCAAGCUAAAGUGAAUGUGCCACCCUCUUUACCUAGUGGACCUGUUUUCAAAAAUGCUCAAAGUUUUCCUGAUAGAAUUGCUUUAAGAGACAAUAUCGCCAACUACACUUAUGCUAAUAUUUUUAUGAGCGCACACGGACUGUCUAAAAGAAUUACAAAUCUCGUUAAUGGACGGAGGAAUGAAAGAGUUUUAUUUUUGUGCCCAAACGAUGCCAAUUAUGUUAUCACUUUGUGGGCAAUAUGGAUGUCAGGUCAAAUUGCUGUUCCUUUAAGCCCAUUACAUCCCAAAAAUAUUCUUCUGUACUAUGCCAACGAUACAAAUUCAAAAUUACUUAUAACAACUCCGAAGUAUGCUGAACUUAUGCAGAAGGUGUCUAAAAAUGCUCACAGUCCUCUCUAUGUGUUAGAUGAGAAACUUAAAUUAAAUUGUGCACAGAUGCAUGCAGAAACUCAAAAUGAUUUAGAAGGAGGUCAACCAUCGGAUUUCUAUGAUAAUAGUAAUGCUAUGAUUUUAUACACGAGUGGAACAACAGGAUCUCCUAAAGGAGUUGUGUUGACCCACAAAAACCUUCAAAGUCAGAUAGGAAUGUUACUGGACGCUUGGAAGUGGACUUCAAACGACGUUUUACUUCACACACUUCCACUGCAUCAUGUUCAUGGAAUCGUCAAUGCACUGUUGUGUCCACUUACUAUUGGGGCCAAAACCAUCAUGUUACAGAAAUUUAACGCAAACACCGUCUGGUCUUAUCUUCUGGGCGUUAGUCCAGUGCCAGAUGACAGGAAAAUUACUGUUUACAUGGCCGUUCCUACAAUAUACUCUAAACUUCUAGAGGAGUACAAGAGAGUCUUUAAGGAUGAUCCGAAGAUGGUGGAACACAUCAAGAAUACUCUAAAAAAUAAAAUUAGGGUCAUGAUUAGCGGAUCUUCACCACUGCCGGCAACCACUUAUGAGAAAUGGUUGGAGAUAUCGGGCCACCGACUUUUAGAACGAUAUGGUAUGACUGAAACAGGAAUGGUGCUAUCUAAUACUUACGAUUCUGACAGAGAGCCAGGUUACGUUGGAAUCCCUUUACCGGGGGUAUCUGUAAAAUUAGCCGAAGAAGACGACACGGGGGAACAGUUGAAGACUAUUGUAGAGUGUACAAAUGAUAACGGAACUGUGGUUUUUAGCAAAUACAAAGAUGGUUGCCCCAAAGGUGAGUUGCUAGUCAAGAGUGAUGGAGUGUUUAAAGAAUAUUACAACAGACCCGAUGCGACAUUAAAAGAGUUUACCACCGACGGUUGGUUUAAAACUGGCGAUGUAUGCCAAUACUCGACUGAAAAAAAGAAAUUCAAGAUAUUGGGUAGAAAAAAUGUGGAUAUCAUAAAAUCUGGUGGAUACAAAAUAAGUGCCUUAGAAAUCGAAACUCAUAUUUUGGCACAUCCCGAUAUAAGGGAAUGUGCUGUCGUGGGAGUUAGUGAUGAAGAAUGGGGUCAGAAAAUUUGCGCUAUAGUAGCGCUUCAGGACGGUAAAGAAAUCACUUUGGAAACUUUAAUUGAAUGGGCAGAACCUAAAAUGCCAAAAUAUUGCCUGCCUACUGAAUUAAAAGUUACUAAAAGCCUACCGAAAAACUCAAUGGGAAAAAUCAACAAGAAGGAGUUGGUGAAACUUAUGUUUUGAGGAAUGAUAUAUGUUGGUUACUAUUUUAAGACUGUAUUUAUAAAAUCUCUUAUUUAUUAGUUAUAUGAAAGUAUUAUUUUGAUUUUUAUAUCAA